UUUUAAAUACAUAUUUUCUUCAUUGUUGUGUGGGAAUCGAUAAAUAAGGUGUUUGUUAGCAUAAUAAUUAUUGAUAUAGACACAAACAAGAAAAAGUACCUUUUGUUUGUAACAUACAAAAUUAAUAAUAUUAAAAACAAAAGGAAAUUAAAAACAAAGUCAAGAUGGAUAAGGAAUACCAACUACACAUAAGUAUAACUAAAGCUUUAAGCCCCUCAGAAGCUCCGCUAAAAGUGAAACACGCCCGAUCAGUCAUCAUAGCGACACAUAGAUCGAAGAGUGCCAAGCCCUUUUGGGCGGUAAUCACGCGCCAGCCGAUAAUGGAGCAUCGAUUUACGGCCUGGAAAUUUUGUAAUUUACUGCAUAAAGUGUUGCGCGAAGGCCAUGAAAGUGCGGUCAAACAAUCACAGACCCACAAGACUCUGAUCUUGGAGGUGGGAAAGAUGUGGGGUCAUCUGCAGGAUGGUGUGGGUAAGUGUAUUGAGGCGUACACCAGACUUUUGGUAAAUAAACUAGAGUUCCAUCAGAAAAAUGCAAACAUUCCCGGUUCGUUAGCACUCGACUUUAAUGAAUUUGCACGAACAGUAGGCGACGAUUUAAAUCUCUAUUUUCAGUUGUGUGUGGAGGUUUUCGAUUACCUGGAGCAUAUACUGCAAGUGCAGGGACAAAUUUUCCUGGCCAUUAACUCGUAUCGCCUGUCAUCGAUGACUCCGCAAGGUCAGUGUCGUCUAGCGCCUUUGAUAACUCUAAUACAGGAUUCAAAUCCUCUCUACGAUAUUUGUGUACGUAUAAUGUUUCGCCUUCAUGACGGUUUGCCACAUGAUGUACUCAUGGGUCAUCGUAAUCGCUUUAACGAAAUAUUUAAGAAACUAAAGGCCUUCUACGAAAGUGUUAGACCGCUGCAAUAUUUCUCUGAUGUCAUUCAACUGCCACAUUUGCCAGAGAAUGCGCCGAAUUUCUCUUCGGAACUUGAUUUGGGUAAUUAUACAGCGCCGGUAAUGGUUUUACAACAGGAACCUGAACCCGAACCAGAACCCACUAUUGAAAGCUUAGUUGAUUUGGCAAAUGCCGCAGACAACAAUGCCCAGGCUGAAAAUGCUUUAGAUGAAAAAGAACUUAUUAUUAGACAGCUGACAGAAGAGUUGAGCGAAAAACAAAUGGCUUUGGAACACUAUGCCAAUUUGGCCCAUCAAAUAAAUAACUAUCAACUAAAAAAUGAAUCUCUCGAACGAGAGAUGGCCAAAGCAAGGGACAUGUUGGAAAGCACCCUACAUGCCAAGGAUAAUUUGGAGCAAAAGUUGGGUGAAAUGUCCCAUACAAUGGAACAAAAAUUAAUCAAAAUGUCUACACUGGAAGAGGAAGUAAAGCAGAGCGAUGAAAAGGUUAAACAAGUGGAUGAAAAAUUUGAUAAAAUCAAAACUAUGUACACAAAGUUACGAGAAGAACAUAUAGGUCUUUUGCGAAUGCGCAAUGAAGAUUCCAAACAAUUGGCAGCUGAAAAGAAAGAAAUUGAAAAACUCAAGGAGGAAAUAGAAAAUCUAAAUGAAAAGUUGUGUAAAUCUGACAAAACUGAAGAACUUAAUACAAGUUUGAAAACAAAAUCAUUAGAAUAUGAAGAGGCCUUAGCCAACAAAGAGAAUUUCAUAGACAAUCUUAACAGCGAAUUGGCCCAAAUAAAAGAACAGCUGCAAAAGAGCCAAGAAGAACACUUGAUACUUUUGCAUCAGUUUGAAACACAAAAGAGUAAACUAGAGGAAGAUAGCCAGCAUUUGGUUAACGAAAAGCAAGAUAAUCAACAAUUGAUACUUGAAAUUCAGGGUCUGAAAGGAAAAUUAGAACAUCAGGUGUCCAAAACAGAUGAAAUUGAUACUUCUCUAAAAACAAAAAGUCAGCAAUAUGAAGAAACUAUAGCCAACAAGGAUGUGAACAUAGAACAACUAAAUUCGGAACUCUCGCAACAUAAAGAACAACUCGAAAAAAGUCAGCUAGAACACACCAACUUAAUAAAACAAUAUGAGGAACAAAUGAAAACACAUCUCGCCGAAAGCGAACUUCUUAAACAAACUGCCGAAAAGGAUUCCCAAACUAAACAGCAGAAAAUUCAAGAACUUUUACAUAUUCAGACAAAUAAUGAAGCUGCUCUACAAAAGUUGGAACUUCAAUUGAAUAGUAUUAACACUGAAAAACAAAACUUGCAUCUUGAAUUAAAAACAGUUCAUGAACAAGUUGAACAGUUGCAAAAAUCACAAACUGAAGCUCAUUUAGCCACUGACACCAUAAUAGCUUCCGUUAUUAAAACAAUCAAGCAUUCCUUAAGUACAGACUUUACCUACAAAGUAUUCGAAGCAAAUGUGGUGCUGCAACAGGCUGAAACAAAUAUUGACACUAUUAGCUUACAUUUACAAAAUAUAUUGCAGGCUUUUAAAUUGCAUAUUGGUAAUAAUACCAGAUUAACAGGGGACUUUGUUAAAUCAAGUAUAGAAUUGAUUUCAACUUUAAGAACUUUGCAUGAGUACAUUACUCUGGUGGCAGAAAAUACUACCGAUAUGGAAAAUGGUCAAGUUUUACGCUCACUCGGCCAUGAAACACGUGAUUCCUUUAUCAUACUCUUCCAAAUGCUGCUGGAUAAUACAAAAGAUGUGGAUGAAUUGCAAAAACAUUGUCAACAAGAGAUCGAUGUCAAAUUGCUAGAAUUAAAGAAAUUAUUGCUGUUGAUGAGUAACUCGUUUACGGAAAAUCUAAAUAUUGCCGAUUUGUUGCAACAAGAACUGAAAGACAUGGAUAAAAUGAUAGAAGAUGCAGCACAAAAAAUGCUGGAAAUUCAACAAAACUCUAAAUCCAAAAACGAGGGCAUCAAAUUGGAAGUUAAUGAAAAAAUUCUCGAAUCUUGCACCAAUCUAAUGCAGUGCAUUAUAAAUCUUAUUAAAAAAUCCAGAGACUUGCAAAACGAAAUUGUGGUACGAGGCAAGGGCAAAUCGACCGAAAAGGAUUUCUAUAAACGCAAUAGCCAGUGGACAGAGGGACUAAUAUCAGCCUCUAAAAGUGUAGCCAAAGGUGCCAAUUACCUGGUGGAUGCCGCCAAUAAAGCUAUUGUUUUGGAAUCGAAUGAAUGCUUUGAAAUAAUUGUUGCUGCCCAGGAAAUUGCUGCUAGCACUGCCCAGCUAGUUAUAGCUAGCAAGGUGAAAGCCAAUAAAGACAGUCAGAAACUUAUGGAUCUAACAAAAGCUUCACGUGAUGUCUCCCUUGCCACGGGUUCCGUUGUGGCCACCGUCAAAGAUGGUUGUAAUAAGUUGGAAUAUAAAAACGAAAUCGACAUGACAAAACUAACGACUUCCCAAAAGAAAGCCAUGGAAAUGGAAAUGCAUAUUAAAGUUUUGCAAUUAGAACAAGCUCUCGAUAAUGAAAGGCAAAGUCUUAUGUCAUUCCGCAAGAAAUUUUACCAAAGCUCCGAAGAUGAUUAAAUAAAAGUUUUGAUUAUUUUAAAUUAAAUUUAAACAGCAAAAUGGUAGUUUUUGGUUUAGCCAAAUAGUUUGUAUAUAUAUUAAAUGAUAGCUUUUAAUUAAUAUACAAUAUUAACUUAUGUAACAGUAUUUAAAAAAAAUCAAAUAAUAGCUAUUGAUGUAUAUGUUAUUUGUAAUAUUCGUUAUAAAUGAAAUUCUGGCGAAUGUGUUAAAUGUUAUUAACAUUUUAAAAAGUAUAUACCAUACAUAUAUUUUUUUAAACUUUUUAGAUAUUUUCGUACAAUUGUUUUUGUUUUUUUUUAUAUAUUUCUGUAUAUUUUUCAUGUUUUAUAAAAACAAAUUCCAGUUAUUAUUUCUAUUUUUUUGUAUACAUUUUUAAUUAAACUAAUAAACUGAUUGUUGGUUAAUAAAUAACAAA